AUGUCGCCCGCCAAUAUCAUCCUCUUCUCAAUUCUCGCGUCUACCGUAAUCGUCGGCCAGGAUUUGUCGUCGACGACGGCUACUGUAGAAGUGAGUACAGUAGCCACGGAAACUGCCACCGCCUACACGACUCUCUGCCAGUCUUGCCUCUCGUUUUUGACCACUUUGCCCGGAUUUUUGGACAACUAUACGCCGAGUGUUGCAAUUGAUGCGGUAGGCCUACUGUAGGGGUUACUGUAGUUUCGAAACCUCUGACAUACUGUCAUGAACUAACAAUAGAGCUGUUCUAAAACGUAACUGUGAUCCGAAAGUUUCCCAACUUUCCAGAACACGCUGUGCUCAGCCGUUGCCGAACGAAUGCCGUCCGUCGGCGAACCGUGCUUCAAACUCUUCGCCGAAUAUUGGCCGUCCGUCACAAACGCGACAACUCUUCAAAUCUGUCAAACCCUAUUCUUUUGCUGA